AUGGUGAAUUAUGUGUGUACUUUACGCCAAUCAGAAAUGGAGAAUUAUUUUGAAUGAAUAAUAGUUAUUGUAUUACAACUUACAAUCAUUUUUCACAAUUUUGUUGCAGUCAUUUUGGGCCAAAAAAUCAAGGACAGGUUUGAAAACCUAAACAAGAAGAAAAACAGGGACAUGAGGAAACUUUUCAUACAGGAAGGACAGGAAGUUCCUAAAGGAAAACCAGGGAGAAAAAGGGCAAUCCACCCAUCAUCUGUUAUCCCUGCCAUUCCUGAGCGGGUGACAGAUGAUACUUACGAGGAACAACGGAAACAAAUUGUUACUGAGUGGAGGAAGUCAAAGAAGAACUACAGCCUUCUCAAAGAGUUGAUGUCCUCAACGUUUCCUAUAAGAAGGUGAGAAGUUCCAUCUCAGAAUGUGCGAGUGUGGAAGAUUAUGGAAGAUUUUCCAAACUUUGCUUCUAGCUCAGGAAAUGAGGUACAGUCCGUUUUUAGUUGUAAGCUGGAGCCCAUUUCCACUGUACAUUGUUCUGGGCAGAAGCCAAGUCUAAAGAGUAUAUUUUAGUACUACAGUUGAACCUCUCUAAUGGUAAAGCCGCCGAAGGGACACAGCUAAGUGUCCGUAUAAAAGAGGUGUCUAUGAUGACAUCACUUUUAUGACUCCACUUACAGUUUUAAGUGUUCAGUAGCUAAAACCAGGCAGGCUCACACUCUUACACUGAAUUUAAAGUUAUCAAUUGACAGCACAAAGACAAUGUCUUUCAGUAGCAGAGAACAUUGUACAUCUCAGCAACAGGCAAAUUACUGUUUUAAAAUAAAACGAGCUACAGCGCAAUCCUGCAUGUAAAAAGUUGUAAUGUAAAGCACAAGUCUGAAAGCAUCCCUUCACUAUAUUGCAAGUGUAGUGAGCAGUAACCAGAGUACAAAAUGCAAUAGAAAAGAUGUUUACGCUAUCUGUGGUUAUUGAAGCCUUCAAAAAGUUGGUUAUGUUCUUCUGUACACCUUUUGCAAAUCAUUGUUUGGUAAAAGCGACUGGGCUUUAUAUCACUUUGUAUAGCUCAUCAGCCAGACUUAAGAUGGAAUUCACCCUGCGCAUGAUCAGGAAUCGGCCUUGCAUCUGAUCACCGCAGUGUCUAUAAUAAAGAGGUUAGGUUUAUAUGAAUUUACUCUCUGGAGUCGAGAUUUAGUGUCAGUUUUCCGUAUUAGAGAGAGUCGGUAUUAUAGACUGAGGUUUGUUUUAUUAAGAAAAUAUAUCAGAAUUUUGUCGGGACAUUGGAAACUGUCCGUAACAGAGAGGUGUCUGUACUGGGAGGUUUGACUGUACCCUAUUUUGCUUUGUUGACUGCUGUUUUUAAGGUAUUAUUUGCUGUGGUAUGUAAACCACAGAAAACAAGACAGGGUGAAUCCAGUGUUCAUGCUAAUGUACAGGCAUGAAGCCUUGUUAUCUCAGAAGGGUAAAUGAUCACUGUUACAGUAUUUGAAUAGAUAAACUUAUGAUAUUAAUUUUAUUUCAUUUUAUUCCUAUGCAGAUCAGGGCCGAACUGGGCAGAAUCCUACAAGAGCCUGAUAUAACAAAAUCUUUUAGGAGCAGAUUUCAGGGUGGCUGGAGAGAAAGUCUUCUAACUGUUGUCAGGCGUUCUGACAACAAAAAAGUCAUGGCUAUUAUGGAGGAGGCAGAGGAAGUCAACAUGAAAAAGGUUAGUAUCACAUUUAAAUGAUAACAAUAACUCUAAUCGUAUAUGGUUAAUUUUGUAAACAAUCUUUUAAAGGAAUUAAAUCUUUAUUAGAAGUGAAUACAGGCAUUUUUUUCUUGCAACAAAAAUCCUCCUUUUAACCCACCACAGGAAAUAGACAGUCACAGUCCCUUAGUUUUAUUACUUUCCUCUUGUUCACUUGACCAAACUGGAAUUCAUGCUUGAAAAUUCUUUGGCACUAAGGGUAGAGGUGCAGGUCACGUGAAUUUAAUUGUAUUCCAUCUUAGUGGUAAAUAGUCCCAUUGCAUGAGAAGCAUACUAUUUUCAAAAAAUUCUUUUACUGAUUGUUAUGUCUAUUUUUGUCCAUUACAAUUUUUAGAAGUUGAAAACCGUUGCAUAAUGGCUUCACUACCCUGUUUAUUGGCUGAUAAACAGAGAGGGGCACAGAUAUCUGCUGGCUCAUUUUGGAAGAGAGCAAAGGUAAGUUAAUGACAAAGCCACACUGAGGAUCCUAAAAGUUAACAGAUGCAAAGAACGUAUAAAUCAUGACCUUAGGCUCUACACAGUUACCCCUUUAAGACAGAAUUUAUGACUGACUUCUGAAAUGUUCCUUGUAUAAUUUGCUUGAUAAUAGUGCUUAUAAUCUCUUCUUGUAAUCGUACAUUUACAGGUUGAAGAUGAGGAUGAAAGCGUGGAGAAACUGACUGAGGAGUCAACAUCCCCAAGGCUCAAUAGCACUGUGGAGUUGAACGACAUACAGGAACUUUGCUUGGCCUCUGAAGCCAUGGUGGUGUGCCGGUUUAAAAUCCACCAAGCAUUCUAAGUGCAGUAACUACCCUACAGGGUAGUUUUUACAGUUUAAUACGGAAUUUCCAAAGGGUUCUGGUCGGCUAGAAAAAAAAUGUGUUUCUGUUUUUAGAGCACAUGCUCUUAGGUCAAACAAGUGUAACUCUGCAAUUGUCUGUGGAAAAUGUUUUGUCUGAUUUGCAGAAGUGAAGAGUUAACUCUGCCCAGAUGUUAUUCAUAUGUUGUAUUGAAUGUGCACGUUAAUUCUAAGUCUUCUAAUCUAUAUGUAUUUGACAAAGCAUUUACUGUGGAUAACGCAUUUUUCUUAAGUAGUCCAUUUCAUUUUAUUAAAUCUAUUUUCCAUGCCAAUUGUUUUCGAGUUUCGUUGUUUCACAGUCUUUUGACAGACAUGCAGUAUUCCAAUUCAAUAUAAUUCAGUCAUAUUUUUGUCCUGCUAAGCAUUUUGUACUUCCAAGACAAUCGGAAAUGGGACUCUCUGGUGGCGAGAGUUAGAAGAAGUAGUGCUUGAUGUAGAAGUAAAGUUAAACAAUCGUCCCUUGACUUACCUUAAAACCUUAAAGGUGACAGCGAACUGCCAGUGCUGA